GAGGGGCUCACUGUGUGACAAGAACAACAAGCAGAGGCUCUGCUGUUUUCUGUGGACAGUUAUUUGGAUGUAGAGGCUGCACUCAGGAUCAAUAUGUUCAGACAAAUCUUCACUCACCUGAGACCAUCUUACAGCCGUCGUCACAAACCUUGGUUCUUUGUCUUCGUAUGGAUUGCAGGGCUCCUGAUCACAGAAAUAAGACCAACACAAGGGAUGAAAGUGACAUCCACAGGCCCGCAGACCAUCCACAAGGCUGAGGGAGAGAGUGCGACUUUGGGUUGUAGCUACACACCAAAUCUUUUAGACACCGGAGAACUGGACAUUGAAUGGUCCGUGAUCAGUCCAGACACAACGCAGAAAGAUCAAAUGCUCAUGUCAUACACAAGCGGCACUAAGUACUAUCAUGGUGAUCUCGCUUUUGCAAAAGGGCUCAGCUUUGCUGUGGACGACCCCUCGAGGGGUGACGCCUCCCUCUCAAUCUCUCAGCUGUCGCCCGCUCACAGCGCCACCUACCAGUGUAAAGUAAAAAAGUCACCUGGGGUGGACAUGAUCAAGAUGUCACUGGUGGUAAUGGUGAAGCCAUCAGUGCCUAAGUGCUGGGUGGAGGGUGGGGAGCACGUUGGCGAAGCCGUGUCUCUACACUGUGAGUCUGCUGAAGGCUCCACUCCCUUAAAAUACAUGUGGAGGAGACAGAGUGCAGAGCCCAUGCCUGCUGCUGCCACGCAGAACAGUGCAACCGGGGAGCUCAAAAUCAGCAACCACUCUCAAAGCUUUGCUGGGAUCUACCUCUGUGAGGUGAACAAUGCAGUUGGAGCAGCACACUGCAGGAUCAGCCUGAAAGCCAACAAGCCUCCAAACAGAGCAGCAGUGAUAGUCGGCACCGUUGUAGGUUCUCUGCUCCUCAUCUUCAUCCUGCUGGUCUUCAUCGCCCUUGUUUUUUGGAAGUUAGGCAACAGACGUCACUAUGAGAAGGAGCUUUCCAAUGAAAUCAGGGAGGAUGUGCUGCCACCUGAGAGCCGCCCGGUCAGUCGACAUACAGGCCGGAGCAGCGGUCAGCGCCCAGAGGCGACUUAUUGUCGGGUGGAUGGCAGCGAGUUGAGCUCCUUUAACGGGGGCAACAGCCAAGGAACAACACCGGUCGAAUACGUACCUUUCGAAUAUGACAAGUUUGGAUGUGCAGUGUGAUAAUCGACACCAGAACUGAACUAAGAAGAUUUUUACCUCCAUCUGUUAUAUUUGAAACGAUUCUUCAGGACAAUAGCUGAAAGUUUAAGAUGAGACAGUGUGAACAUAUGUAAUAAAAAGUGGGACAAUAAGCCUACAAAUAACACAUUUAAAUCAAAAGACAUAUUUAUUUCAUGAUAGACCUCAUUUAGAAAUACUCAACCAUUCAAAAAGAAAAGAAAAUGUACACGAGUAGGUACGUAUUUUUUCCAGGAUGAACUGACAGGAGUUGACAUUAAUGGUCACAUGCAAUGGGUUUUUGUCCACUACAUAAGAAGCGACUACAAAGCCCACCAUCACGCCCCAAUCCAGACAACAUGGAGGCCUCCUGUGUGCCCCCCAGUCCCUGCCCCAACCCACCCUUCCCUCCCCUCCCCCCCACACAGUGGUAGGACUUUGUUUCUCAGGGUGAGUAGCCUCUGCAAAAACACACAUCAUAAAGUCAAAGUUUAGAAACCAAACAUAUCAGCAUUGUCACUGCGAACCAGCCGGAGCUGAUGUGCUUAGUGUUUGCUCUUCACUUCUCAGUGCAGUGUGUGACGGAAGGUCAACUUCUUUUCCAUGACUAAACUGUUUUCUUCACCUUCAAGAUGGUAGUCUUUACUUUCCCAGUUAAAGCAAUAAAGACUACUACUUCAUCCAUGUUUGUGGAAAAUCUUAAAGGGGACAUAUUAUGAAGAAAAACAAAUCCCAUUCAGUGAUUGAGAGCUCAUUUUGAUUUGACUGACAACAACAAAAAGAGAAAAAAAUAUCACUGUUGCUGUUUUGGGACGUCUGGGUGAUGUGAAAAUAUGUCACUCAGAGUGAAAAAUAAAGACAAUCAUGCUGCAUUUUUUGUUCAUCUGCAGAUGGAAAUCAAAAUGUUUCACUAUAAACAGCAAAUGCUCAUCUGCAGUUACAAAGUUUGCUUAAAGAAAUAAGCAGCAAGGCUGAGAUUGUACUUGUUCUUAAUUACAAAUAUGCUUGUUUAUCACGGCUGCCUUGCAUAUUUUCUAUUUGAAGCUUUGUUUGUGUACAUCCUCAGGAAUUAACAUUACGUACUAGUAAGCUGUAAUAUGCAUUUAACCACUAGGGGCACCAUCAGGAACUAUUUUAACCGAGUGUGUGGUCACAAGGCCGACAGCAGUAAAAAUAAAGGGAAGUUUAAUGUGUUUAGUUUAGGGGCCUUAAAUACCGUCUACAGUGCUGCUGCUGAUAUAUAUUUCUCCUGUGAUCUCAAAAUGAACCAAGUACUAACCUCUUCUAUCACCAUGUUUAGUCCCUACAAAUUCAGCCACUCUAUCCAGCCUGAACUCUAUGAUGCGCCCCCUAGUGGAAUCCUACGAUAACAAACAUAGUACAUAAGCAAGUAAGUGAGGCCUGGGCAUAGGUUAUGGAGCUAGCCGCCAAUAGUAACACCAAGUUAAACAGAAAGUAUGUUUUUGGCCUAAAUAUUUACUAGAACAUUGUUUUAAAUCGCCCUAUAAAAAAUCUAACUUGUUGCGAAUUAUUAUAGCCCAUUUGAAGCAAAGUUAGCAGGCAGAAUGUUUAAUUGUUAGCCUCUAAAAACAUGAAAAGAACAAAAACAAGUCAAAUCCAGGGUUUAUCAAGCCUGUAUGAGAAUAACUCCAUCACUUAUGAUGUGUAUGUUAAUUUCUAAACACUCUGAGUCAAUUCAUUGCAAAAAAAAAGCAUUAAUUCCAGAUGUCUGUGGCUGAAUUUUAGACAAGAGAAAUAAGUAAACAGAGUUACAAGUCUAGUAUUUUUCUAGCAGCUUGGUUUGUCCUAGUUAGCUCGAUUUGCUGUGUGUGUCAGUGGGAGCUCCUAAACUACCUCUUUUUUACAGUAACAUGUUUCACAGGUUAUUGAAUGGUUAUUUAAUGUCUGAAUUUACAACUGGUUAUAAAAAGCAACACAGUUCUUAAAUAAGGCAAACCCCAUAGAAAAGAAGGGUACGUUUAAGUGCCCUAAAUCCAUACACUAUAUCCACAGAUGUGAAAACAAGUGCUGUUUGAUUAUCUCUCCUGAGUUUUAGGGGCAUAAUAUGUCUCCUUCAAGAAUGAAGGUAAGGCCAUUAACCAGAGUAGGUCAAGAGACUGAAUAUUUAUAAAGAUAACAAAAUCUGGAUAUCUGUAGAACUCUUAAUUAAAAGCCAGAUGAUUCGUUUAUGCUGUCAAGCAAAAGUGAGAGCUGUAUGCCAGCACAACUCGGUGCAAAUGGCUGUACAUCUGAGAAGUAUUUAUGGCACCAGGAAAUGAGUGGGAAUAAAAGGAAACACUAAGCACUGCAACUCCAGAAAAAAAAAUCCCAAAUGUGAUUAGGAGCUCCUUCUGUGGAAUUAUGUCUUGCACAAACUUUUCCUUCAGAUAAAAAAGUCUUUUGACGCAGCACCAAAAUGAAUUUCACACAAUUUGACAUCAAAGGGUAAAAAAAAAAAAAAAAAUCCUGUCACCUGAUCAAGUGUUUUAAAAAAAGUAAGGCAAAGUACAAAAAUCAUAACAAUCAAACAUCAU